UUUCAGCUCAAAUCCAAUCCCAGCAAUAAUGAGGAAAAAGAAGCCCAAACUCAGCUGACGAAAUCUGAUGAGCUUCAGCGCCUGUAUUCACAAGCAUUGUCUGCAUACCAGCAAGAGGAUUAUGAAGCUGCAAUUCCUCUUCUUGACGAAAUCUUGGCAGUUUGUGUCUGGGAUGCAGACCUACGGGAACUUCGAGCUGAGUGUUAUAUAAAAGAAGGGGAGCCUAGCAAAGCAAUUAGUGACUUGAAAGCUGCUGCCAAAUUAAAGAGUGAUAACACUGAAGCCUUCUAUAAAAUCAGCAGAAUAUACUAUCAGCUGGGGGACCAUGAAUUAUCACUCAGUGAAGUCCGGGAGUGUCUGAAGCUUGACCAAGACCAUAAGCAAUGUUUUUCUCUUUAUAAACAAGUAAAGAAACUCAAUAAGCAGAUUGAGUCAGCGGAGGAAUUCAUCAGAGAAGGCAGAUACGAAGAUGCUAUCAGUAAAUAUGACUCUGUAAUGAAAACUGAGCCAGAUGUCCCAGUUUAUGCUACUCGUGCCAAAGAAAGGAUCUGUCACUGUUUAUCAAAGAAUCAGCAGGCUACAGAAGCCAUCACAGUUUGUACACAAGUUCUGCAACUGGAACCAACCAAUGUGAAUGCUCUGAAAGACAGAGCAGAAGCUUAUUUGCUAGAAGACCUUUAUGAAGAAGCUAUUAAAGACUACGAAACGGCUCAAGCCAAUAGUGAAAAUGACCAACAGAUUCGAGAGGGGCUGGAAAGAGCUCAGAGGAUGUUGAAGCAAUCACAGAAGAGAGAUUACUAUAAAAUUUUAGGAGUAAAAAGAAAUGCUAGAAAGCAAGAAAUCAUAAAAGCUUACAGAAAGCUGGCAUCCCAGUGGCACCCUGACAACUUCCAGAGUGAGGAAGAAAAGAAGAAAGCAGAGAAAAAAUUCAUCGAUAUAGCAGCUGCUAAGGAAGUCCUUACUGACCCAGAAAUGAGACGAAAGUUUGACGCAGGAGAGGACCCCCUGGAUGCAGAGAGUCAGCAGGGUGGAGGCAACCCCUUCCACAGGAACUGGAAUACGUGGCAAGGAUUCAACCCCUUUGGUUCUGGAGGAGGACCAUUUACAUUCAAAUUUCACUUCAGUUAGAGCCAGGACUGUUUCAGGUGGCUGCUGCUGUUUUUUACUUAAUUUGUUCAAAAAAAAAAAAAUAAAAACUCUCUCAGUUCAAGACCCGAGAUCUUAAUUUCUAAUGUUGUCCUUAACCCAGAGUCUUACUGCACUAGAAGAAAGCUACUUCUUUCUUUUAGUAUUUGAAGCAAAUUUGUGGUGAGCUUGACAAGCUUAUACUGGUGGGGGGAGGUUGAAUGAAUAAGGGUUUUGUUACUGCCUAUGUAUUUGUUGUGGAUAUGCAGGAGAUGUGUUUUUUCCAUCCAUAGGAAUAAACAGUAAGAGGCUAUUUAGGACAACACUUAAAUGCAGCUUUAGGACUCAAGUAUAUGCUUACAGGUAAAAAUGCAUGUAAAUAUUUUUUUGAAUCGGGGCCUAAUAAAUGUGGAAAGGGUAGUUACAGUAGUCUCUGCGUUAACAAAUUGUUUGUCAUUGUGCUCAGCAGAACGAUCCAUUUCUCAGUAUUCUUUAAAGGAAACCCUCGUGAGCACCCGUUGUAUUACUGUGGGCAGUGCCAUAGGGAGGGGGAGGAGGCUGUGUACUGACUGAGCCCCAGCAAUCUCUUACAAAGAGGAUCACUUGUCAGUAAGGAUUUUGAAAAUGUCUGCUGACCUUCUUCAUUAACCUGGGAUUAAUUGGGGUAAUUUUCUUGGCUGCAACUGUCAAAUAUGAAAGUUUAAAAAAAGAAAAUCUGUUUUAUUUUUUUCUGGAGACUGUUGCUGUGAUUCUGAAUGUUUAAGCAUCAUUUUUGAGGAGUUUGCACUUUAUCCAAGUACUUGGUUGAGAUCUGGGGAAGGCAGCACAAUGUGACAUUCCCACCUCUACAGCAAUUUGUUACUUCUCUGUACAUAAACUCCGAGCCAGCACAGGUUGUGAGGUGACUGUAUGUGAACUGCGGGAAUAAAAUGCGAGCUGUUGCCUCCCCAUGUGAUACAGCUUCCUUUCUGUCGGGUGGUGCCACAAUGAAUUAAUGGUGAAGUAGUUUGAAGCAAUUUUAUGUUUUGUGUAAGAGCCACAGCGCUGCAAAAACAGCUGCAUGUGCACCAGGUCUGACUUUGCAUUGGCCAGAAGUCUGGUAUAGUUCUGUACAUGGGUAAAACUGGAGUAUGGAACCGUGUGGGAUGGGAGGCAUUCCUAGGGCUGCAGUUGCUGCAGGCGAGCUGGUCUUCUCAUUCUCUAACUGAAUAUGUUGAAAUUACUGAUGAGUUUCACCAGCAGUUGCAAUCUUAGAAUGCAAAAAAUUACAAUUCUUUAAUUGACUGACUUGAAUUUUAACUGGAAAACUACAAUCAGUCAGUAGGGAUCUUUUCUCAUUUCAGUUUGUGGCAUUUAAGAGCAAGAACAGCCUCAGUCAAAGCAAAUGCAAUCUUCUAUCUGAAAGUAUAUGUGUAUAUUUCUUUAAUUACUAUAAGUGCAGGUUUUUUUUUUUUUUUGAAGCACAGCCCUUUUCUGCUGCCUCAAGUACUUCACAAACCGAACUGUGGCUUUGGAAAGUGUUUUUUCAACAGCAAUUGAAAGGCCAGUGUUUGGUCAGCAGAAACUUAUCUUCAGGCUGAUGAAGAGUGUGUGUAGGGAUUUCCAGUAGUUGAUGGUACAAAAGCACUGUGGCAUCCUAUUAAAGUUCAGCAUCAGAUAUGUUCAAGUUGAAUGACUUCCUGGAACUUCGGCUUCUGCUUUUUGACACAUCUGAAGUGUUUCUGUUUAAAUUCUGGAGCAGCUCAGGAUGCUUCUCAUGUCUUUGCGAGGUCAGUGGGGCUCCCAUUGGACCUCUGGGGCCCAGGCAUAGGAGCUCACUGCACAGCCCAUGCACAGAUGCUAUCCUGUGGUGCCAGCUGGUCCAGGCAGCUCUCCCACAUGUUUUUGCUCACUGUGAGCAGAAGCUGAAUCCAGUUCUGAGCCACAGCCCCUGGUUGAUGCACCCCUUGCCGUGGUGCAGUAGAGCCAAGGGCUCAUGGCAUGCAGCUGUGUGGUUGUGUGCUGGCCACUGCCUGGCAUCAGCAGCUCUGUACCACUUUGUUUGCUGUAGGAGGGGCUGGUUUAAAUACUCCUUAAUGAGCAGUGUAAGCAAUACAUGGUGAUUUUGUAGUUAGAGCUGUGUUCAGCUGCAGGAAGUCACAGUAAAUACCACAGCCAGUCACUCUGUGUGCUGGCGAAAUGCUACAAAUGUGACAUGUGGAAGGAUUGCCCUCUUGCAGCUUUUUGUUCUUAUCAUUCUUCCUCCUCUGUUUUAAAAGUUAUGGCUGAGAUAUAUUUUCUUUUUUAAUUUUCCUUUUGGAAAGGAAUAAGGUGGUCCUUCAUAAGUAAACUGUUCAUAAAAGGAAUUGGUAUUAGAGCUGAGCGUAUUCCUUUCUUUUUGCUUCUGUAGGGUGGAAGCAGUCAGGAACAGAAAGGACUAUGUUUAAUUCUGACAAUGAGUUGCAAAGGGAAAAUUGCUUAUUUUUUCGGGGGAAAGCUUGAAUCCAGUCAGUGGGAGAUGAUUAAUGCUUGAAUGCUGUUCAUGGAUAUCUCUUGUUAAAAACAGUGUCUUGAAAGAUGAAGAAAAAAAGAUGACAAUGGAGAAUGAGGCAUGCUGGUACCAAGCAGCUGCUGCUCACGCACACAUUAGCACCAGCACUGCUAAGCAAGCUGGCCGUGAGCUCUAAGCUGCUUCUGACAACAGAGAAAGACAAAAUUGUGCCUAGAAAGAAAGGAGAAGCUUUGUUUUUUUUUUUUAUCAAGGAUUUUCAGAUGCAGUGAUGUGACUUCAGCAAACGAGUGCAGGUACUGCACUGAGCGCUGAUGGCGCGCACUGCGUACGAGGAAGCCGAAUUCGCCUUUUUAUUUAUAAUGGGUGCCUGUAGUGCAAUAGUAUUCAGUAACUGAACAUUGAAAUAAGUCUUGGUGGUUUGUGAAGCCUGAGAUGUUCAUGAAGCAUCGUUAGAGCAACGGGCUUCUGUGGAGGUGCACACUUCUUGUGUUGAAUUCUGUCUUGCAGUUUGUGUAAACCACUUCCCAACUUGUUUUAAAAUGAAGGAGGAGAGCUGUGGCUUAUCUUACUUUGAGGUAUGCUUAGUACUGAUGUGCUGUAAAUCAGUAUUAAACUGGAUGCAGAGUGAAUUAUAAACAUAAGAGCUUGAACUUGUGACAGAAAACCUGUUAGCUUAAAAAAAAAAAAGAUAAAUAAUAAAAGCAAAAGCUUGUUAUCAUUUCAGCCUCCAGCCUGGUGCUUGGAAUGAGAAUUACUCUUUUGUUUUGGGCUGUGAUUUGUAGGAGCUUUGCUGGGCAUCAGCCAGUAUAGCGUAGCAAGUUGGUUGUAUUUAAAAGUGCCUUACUGUAAGGUAUGGUUUGUUUGCUCUGUAAUACACACAAUUGUCCAUUUAAAAAAGAAAAAGGAAAAAUGGGAGAAUUUUUUCUUUGCCCACUGCAAAUUUUGUUUUAAGAAGGAUAAAUAAAGUUAGCCGGAGAUUUAUCAAAUGUCUCAAAUUAUGUCUUUAUAUUAAAUCAUAAAUCUAAAAAGCAAGAACUGUUUUUUCUAGAACGGUGGGAAUUAUUUUAUGGUAUUUUUCACAAUAAAGAUAUUUAUGAUGACAAGAAA